AUGUACGACGUCAUGACGCGAAAUAAUUCUAAGUUCGUUGAGAAAAAAAGUGUGAAGGUUGUCGAGAGAGCGAAUACUGCUUUGCAAGGAUCUCCUCAGACUCAGAGUAUUGCUAAAAUAACGAUAGAAAGCAUCAAUUUGAAAGUGCCACAUCUCACACCCAACGAUGACAUAAAGUUGCAGUUGUUGACACGUAUCAAAGCAGAUGAGUCUAUGAUGAUACCGUUUCGCCGAUGGGAAUUGCACGAGCUACCAGCACUCACACAAGGAUCUACCAUAGAAAUCUGGUCCGUAAAGACAUGUUCUGCAUUGGACAGUCCAAAAUAUGUUAUAGUAUUUUUCCAAACGAAAAAAGCCGAUAAUUUGCAUGAGGAUGUCACCUUGUUCGAUAAUGCCAACAUCAAAUCCAUACGAUUGGCUCUGGAUAGCGACUAUUAUCCGCAAGAAAGAAUGCUAUUGGACUUUUCCCGAGACCAAUAUGCCGAUGCCCACUUCAACUAUACAGAGUUCAACAAGAGCUACCAUAACUGUCAAGAAAAGCGCUCUCUAGUAAACUUUGCCGAAUUCAAAUCCCGACCAAUGUUUGUUAUCGAUUGCUCGAGGCGCCAUCUGGGUCUAAAGUCGUCCACAGUUGACAUAAACUGCUUGGAUAGAAAGAAAAAUAUACAGUUUAUAGAAGCACAUAAAGUAUUAUGUUCCAGAGAAUGUGCAAAUAAGAAGAAAAAUGACGAGGACGAAUUGCUUAGAGUAGCAGAAAAACUCAAUAAAAUGAUGACGACUAUAGAGGAGAAAGAUACCAAGCUAGGGAGAAUAGAGGGAGAAUAUGAACUGAGAGAAGAAGAACUGCUCAGUGAAAUUAGGGAGCUGCAAAAAGAUACCUAA